AUGUCCCUCCUCGCCAAUGUCCUCGGUUUCAGCGCCUUCGGCUUCGGCGUCAGAUGUUUCCAGCUCGGUCUGCAGAAGGAGGGGAUGUUCACACGACCACUCGGUCAUAUCGGAGCAGCCGCAGCAUUUGGGGGAAUAGGAUACGCAGUAUACCACAUGGAACAAAGACAAAACCACUUGCUGGCGGACAGGAAGAAGGAGUUACAGACCAACCGGGAUAGGGAGAAUGCAGAGUACGCAGCGAGGAAAGCGGAGGCGGCAGCAUGA